UGUUGGUGGACCGAUUCAAAUUUUUAGACUGCACCGUCAAGAUCAAAUACUACUAUAUUCUAUAUAUCAAAUGGUCGAAAAGACAAGACUAUCCAAUAUCACUCACUGAUGGUGAUUUUACACCAAGCUCGUGUUCAUAACAUUAAUAUUUCCUUUCUCCUCACAAAUAUGUCUUCCAUUUCCUUCCCUUCCCUUCCUCUGCUAUCAUCUUAUUCUCUUUGUCCUUGGUCUUUAUUUUUUUUAUUUUUGGAAUCGAUCAAUUCCUUAGUCUCUAAUCUCUCUGUACGUUGACGUUGAGAAUUGAUCAACUAUAACAAAAUAGGAGUCACAGUAAGUAAAUAGAGAUAGAGAUAUGUCUAGUACUACUAGUUCAGAUGGUGCUAGUAGACGUCCGUUGCUAGAUGAUGAGUCCGUCGGCGGUGGAGGAGAGGAGAGGGUGUACUGGUGGAAGAAGGUGGUGGACGGGGAGGAGGCAAAGAAUCAGAUGUUGUUUUCGCUGCCCAUGAUCCUCACCAACGUAUGCUACUACUUCAUCCCUUUGGUGUCCGUCAUGUUCGCCGGCCACCUCGGAGACCUGCAGCUCGCCGCCGCCAACCUCGCCAACUCAUGGACCACCGUCACCGGCCUCUCUUUCAUGGUUGGCCUAAGUGGUGCACUUGAGACAUUAUGUGGGCAAGGAUAUGGUGCAAAACUAUAUAGGAUGAUGGGUAUAUAUCUACAGGCUUCUUGCAUCAUAUCUGUCUUUUUCUCUCUGAUCAUUUCCAUCUUCUGGCUCUACACAAAAUCCAUUCUCAUCUUACUCGGUCAAGAUCCCGAAAUAUCAGAAAUGGCUGGCCUCUAUAUGAAGUACCUUAUACCAGCAUUAUUUGCGUUUGGGUUUUUGCAUAAUCUGUUGAGGUUUCUACAGACACAAAGUGUUGUCAUGCCACUGGUUGUCUGCUCAUUGCUUCCGUUGAUCAUCCACUUCUGCAUCACCUAUGUUUUGGUUCAUCGGACAUCCCUGGGCUUCAAGGGAGCAGCAUUGGCAGUUUCAAUAUCAUUGUGGAUCGCGGUGUUUAUGCUGGCCAUAUACGUUCUUUGCGCCAAGAAAUUUGAGCAUACUUGGAAAGGUUUUUCGUUGGAGUCAUUUCAUCAUCUUCUUGCAUCUGCAAAAUUGGCUCUACCCUCUGCAGCAAUGGUAUGCUUGGAGUACUGGGCUUUUGAGAUUCUGGUAUUACUAGCAGGAUUGAUGCCGAACUCAGAAAUUACAACUUCAUUGAUUGCAAUGUGUGUAAACACACAAGCUACUGCAUACAUGAUCACUUAUGGUCUCAGCGCAGCUGCAAGCACGAGAGUGUCGAAUGAGUUAGGAGCAGGCAACCCCAGUCGAGCGAAGCAUGCCAUGGGUGUCACUCUCAAGCUCUCUAUCCUUCUUGCUCUUCUUGUUGUUUCGGCUCUAGGAUUUGGUCAUGAUAUAUGGGCUGGCUUCUUCAGUGACAGCUCCGUGAUAAUAAGGAAAUUUGCUUCGAUGACACCCCUGCUUGUAGUCUCGAUAAUAUUUGAUUCUGUGCAAGGUGUCUUGUCAGGGGUGGCCAGGGGAUGUGGUUGGCAGCACUUGGCUGUCUGCAUUAAUCUGGCAACAUUCUAUCUCGUAGGCAUGCCAAUUGCAGCUCUCCUCGGUUUUAAGUUCAAACUAUAUGCUAAGGGCUUGUGGAUAGGCUUGAUCUGUGGUCUCUCUUGCCAGACCGGCACUCUCUUGUUGCUUACAAUAUGCUCUAAUUGGAAAAAGAUAGAGCUUUCGGGGACCAGCAAUAAUAAAAACACAAUUCUGGUUUAACCAGAUGUUUUUCAAAUUGAGCCAUUAAUAACGAACAAUACUUGUCUAUUCACCGGUGAAAUGCAAUACAUGCGUCUGGUUUGAAUGCACCACUAUUGCUGCGAAUUUAUGGGCCGUUGAUGAAGGCGGCGUGUGGUUGGUUUUGGAAAUAAGCGGUAGAAGAUUCGGUACUCUCGGUUACCUUUGGCAUUUAAAAUUCAUAUGAACCAAAUAAAUAUACCUACAAAUAGAACGCGAAUCUAUGUUCAAACUGAUUUCAUUUAUGCUCUGCAUGAGAGUGAUUAAUUAGAUUGUUGGUAUUGGAAUUGGAAUGGUAGAAAUUUUAAAUUAAA